CACAGUAUCGCGCAAUGGCAUCCACCAGUAUCCCGCAGACGAUGAAGGGCGUCAUCAUCGAGAAGACCGGCGGCACGGAUGUCCUGCAGUACCGGACGGACCUGCCGGUGCCGCAGCCCAAGGACGGCGAGGUGCUGGUCAAGAACGACUUCAUCGGGAUUAACUACAUUGACACCUACUUCCGCAGCGGGCUCUACCCCGCGCCCUCGUUCCCAUACAUCCUAGGCCGCGAAGCCAGCGGCACGAUUAUCGCGACAGGCGGCGGCAGCAGCAGCAACCUGAAAGAAGGCGAGCGGAUCGCGUGGAUGGCAACGGGCGCAUACGCCGAGUACAGCGCCGUGCCAACGCAGCACGCAGCGCGCAUCCCCAGUGGGGUGAGCAGCGAGGUCGCGGCCGCGUCCCUGCUGCAGGGCCUCACAGCACUAACGCUGAUCCGCGAAGCGCACCGCGUCGAGGCCGGGGACUGGGUGCUGGUGCACGCGGCUGCGGGCGGCGUGGGGCUCUGGCUUUGCCAGCUGCUGAAGGCUGUGGGGGCGAGGACGGUGGGCACGGCCAGCUCGCCGGAGAAGAUGGAGCUGGCGAGGCGGAAUGGCGCCGAGGUUUUGGUGGAUUAUUCCAAGGAGGACGUCAUUGCCAAGGUGAAGGAGGUGACGGGGGGGAAGGGCGUUGUGGCUGUUUUUGAUGGCGUGGGCAAGAGCACGUUUGAUGCUAGUAUGGAGUGUUUGGCGCGGAAGGGGAGUAUGGUGUCGUUUGGGAAUGCGAGCGGAGCGGUGCCACCGGUUACGAUCGCCCGCCUCUCAGCGAAAAACGCAAAGCUGCUGCGCCCCACGCUCUUCAACUACCUCAGCACGCCCGAGGAGUUCGAGCACUACACACAGGAGCUCUUCCGCUUCAUCACGUACGACAAGCUCGACGUGCGCAUCCAUGACGUCUACCCCCUGCAGGACGUCGCGCGCGCGCACCAGGACCUCGAGGGCAGGCGCACGACCGGGAAGCUGUUGUUGAAGCCGUAGACGGGUCGGGCGUGCCAGACUGACAGUUGCCGAUCACGAACGACCCGUUCACCCUCUUUGAGAGGGUGGGUACUUUAAUGAGGUCUAUAUAGGUAUAUGACUUGCCUGCGUGCUUGUUUUCCUGGCACAUUCGUAUCCUAGCGCUCUUAUAUCAUACAUCUUUAACUUCGUGCCCUCGUAUAUUCGUAUUUCUAUACCUUCACAGACUGGCCUCAUUCUUCGCGUAUCUAUACAUUUAUAAAGAUAUAGAUACUAUUAUACCUCGCG